AUGAUAAUGAUCCCGGUAGCACAAACACCUGGCAUUGCCAUCUCAACCAUAACUGCCUUAACCAAGAAACAUGCCUUAGAAGUCCACACACAGUACCACACUUUUAAAAACGCUGCAGUGCUAGCUAGCAAAGGAAGAAGGCAAAUGCAACACAAGAGAUUUAUUUCGUCAAACCCAGACAUAUCACCGCUCACUCCACCAGUCUUACUGCACUCAAAAUCACCUGUUUUUUCCUUAGUUACAUCUGCUUCAUCUCAGUUCAGAGUUGCUUCUGUUUCCAUGUGGAACUCCCCAUUACGAAGAGGAAGAUGGAUGUUUACCAAACUUGCAUCACCAACAGAUGGCCAGAAGAAGAUGUGUAGAAUGUUUUCUGCCCGCAGUUCCUUGAACCAGCAGUCUUGUUCCACUGGGAGGCCACUACCACAGGUUGAAACCCCACGGCCUGAAGAAUCUCAUCUGGGAGAGGUGCCACCCCAGCAUCGAGCAUUUAAAGGACUGGAGACAAAUUUUCCAUGUCUGUCCAGAGUAAAAGAUUCCGGUCCAGAACCAGAGUACGACAACAUCACCAAAGGCUACAAACUGUUUGUACGCAAACAGCCGUUCUCCCUGAAGCUCAACGAUGGGGUCCUGCCGCAGCUGGAGGUCGCCUACGAAACCUGGGGCCAGCUCAACGAGGAUGCCAGCAAUGCCGUGUUGGUGCUGGCUGGUUUGUCUGCCAGUUCCCAUGCUAGGAGCUCAGUGGAUAACAUGAAUCCAGGAUGGUGGGAGAAAUUUAUCGGCCCUGGAUGUGCAGUCGACACCAGCAAAUUCUUCGUCAUCUGCCCCAACAACCUUGGAAGUUGUUAUGGAACUUCAGGUCCAUCUUCGACAAACGUUUUAACUGGCAAGCCGUAUGCCACAACCUUCCCCAUCAUUGGAGUGGAGGACAUGACAAAUGCUAUCUUCUUGCUUCUGGAUGAACUUGGAAUCAAGAAGUUGUAUGCUUCUGUUGGUUCAUCCUUGGGUGGGAUGCUGUCAUUGCAGACAUCGGUCACCCACCCCGACCGAGUUGGAAGAUUAGUCAGCAUUUCUGCCUGUGCUCAGUCUCACCCGUCCUCCAUUGCCAUGAGAUAUCUGCAGAGGAAGUGUAUCAUGUGCGACCCCAACUGGAACAACGGACACUAUUAUGGCAAGGCCUAUCCCAAGAUUGGCAUGAAACUUGCCAGAGAGAUUGCAACCAUAACAUACCGGAGUGGGCCCGAAUGGAACCUAAGAUUUGGCCGGAACCGCAUCAGCAAUGACCCUCCUUCCCUGUGUCCGACCUUCCUGAUUGAGUCUUAUCUGGAGCAUCAAGGCGAAAGUUUCAGCACCAAAUAUGACCCUAACUCUCUUCUGUACAUAUCCAAAGCAAUGGACAUGUUUGAUAUAGCUGAAGGUUACAGCUCUCUAGAAGAAGGACUUUCAAGGGUCAAGUGUCCAACCAUGGUCAUUGGAGUCCAGACGGACAUGUUGUUUCCGGUCUGGCAGCAGCGGGAGCUCGCCAAUUUACUUCAUAAAGCAGGUAACGAGCAGGUGACAUUUUAUGAGCUCAAUUCCUUGUAUGGCCAUGAUACCUUUCUGCUAGAUCUCAAUGGUGUUGGAGCAGCAGUGAAGGGUUUCUUGGAAACGGAGCAGCGGCAGACAGGAUGGUUGACAAAACAUCACACUCAGGUCGGGAAAAGUGAUUAG